AACCAUCCAAUUCAAGACGACCCCAACAAAGACACUCUUUGAAUUAACCAAAAAAAAAAACCAGAGCUGUCUGUCUCUCACUCCUUCCCUUUUUCUCACAAAAUCUUCCAUUUCUCUCUCUCUCUCUCUCUUUUUUUCCCCUUUUUGAUAAUCAGCCGAAACUUCUCACUUCCUUGCCAUUAACACAUUCUUCCAAAUCCCUCCUCUGUGUACGGACAAACCAUGCUUUCCGUAUUGCGAGCCGUUUCCCUUCGCUUAACCGAUAACAACAAUUUCAAAAAUAUUUACCGGUUUUUCUUGGAAACCACCAUGGAAUCUCACGAAAUCGACAACGUCAAGGCCGAGAAAGACCUCGCCAUCAGAAAAUCCCGCCGCGAGCGAAAAUUCAAGUGGUUUCUCGAAGCCUGUGCCGUACUCUUCCUCCUCGCUCACUCAUCUGCCUAUUGGCUUCCCAUCGCCGGCGAAUUCUCCGGCGAUCUUCUCCGCGAGAUCGUCUCCGUCUUCCGAAGCCACCUCUUCGUCUUCGCGCUCUUCAACGCCAUAAUCGUCGCCGUCUAUGCUCUCUCCGGAAAAAUUCAUAUCUCAAACGACGCCGGAUCCGAACAACCGGACUUGUACGACGAGUUCGUCACCAACAGUGAGUCUGUUCGACGAAUUCCAGCCGUCAACGACUCGCCGCCGCCGGAAACCUGUCCGGCCGAGGAGAAAACCGUCUCGUCCGAGAAUGCCGACGCUUCAACUCCUGUCGAGAACCGAAACGACGCGAAGCGGAACCCCAAAAAACCGGAAGUUUCGGAUUGUGAUUGUACGAACAACGAAAAGGCGUUGGUGAAGAGUUAUGAGAGGACUCAAUCGGUGAGGUUUGAACGGAAAAGGAUGGAUCAGUCACAGAGAGAAUUCCGGCGAUCGUACACGGACGUAUAUCGGAAACUGACGUCUUGCGGCGAAGAAGAAGCGAAGAAAUCGAGAAAAGUGAACCAACUGAGCAAUGAGGAAUUCAAUCGCACCAUUGAAGCUUUCAUCGCUGCUCAAAAAUGGAUUCAGAGAGAAGAGUACAAGGAAGAGCGAAAAACAGAGCGUUAUAUGGCUCUCACUGUCUGUCAGUGAAAAACUGAGUAAAUACACUAAUCCAUAGUUAUUAUAUGUUAAUCA